AUGUCUGACGAUGAGAUGAACAUUGAUGAGAGCGGUAAUGGUGGCGUCGUGAGGCGUAAGGGUCGAGGUUUCCAGAGCGCUGCCGGGGGAAAUGAAAGCGCAGUGACCUCAGAGCAGACUUUUGACAGGGUUGAGUCGUCCCAGACCUUGGAGACGCGAGCCGCGCGUUCUGUCGAAGGUUGGAUUGUCAUGGUUACAAAUGUACACGAAGAAGCGACUGAAGAGGAUGUGACCGAUAAAUUCGCUGAAUACGGAGAGAUCAAAAACCUUCAUCUAAACCUAGACAGAAGGACAGGAUACGUGAAGGGCUAUGCGUUGGUGGAGUACGAAACCAUGUCGGAAGCCCAAGCUGCGAUCGACAGCGCGUCUGGUACGACCCUGCUGGAGCAGACGUUGCAGUGUGACUAUGCCUUCAUGCCCAGGAUCGUGAAUUCUGACAACGAAAGUGAUACAGAGACGCGACCGGCGAGGAAUGCCAGCGCAUCUAAGUCUUUCUCUAAGGACACUGAACCUGAGGAUGAUGUUUCCGAGGCAGCCUCAGAGGAGUACGAGAUUGAGAAAAUCUUAGAAGCAAAGCUUGGUACUUUUCCUGACGGCAGGAUGGGUUACCUUGUGAAGUGGAAGGGUUACGGUGAGGAACAUAACAGUUGGGUUGAUGAACAGGAUGCCGGGAAUGCGCAGAAUUUAAUUGAGGAUUACUGGGCAAGACACAAAAACAUGAAAAAGGGGGCUCGUAAGUCCACGGGUCCAGGACCGAGGCCAUCAGCUCCCAAAGCUCGCAAGUCGCCGAGCGUGAGGGACGAAAGCCCUGAGAUCGAGGAACCUCGACAGAAGAAGCGCGGACGGCCUCCCAAAGUUGCGAAGUCCAAUCAUGUGCCUUCAGAUGAGGAAGGCGAGGACGAAACCGAGAGGAUGGCACGAGAGAAGAAGAAACCGAGAAAGAGUACUGCAUCUGCCAAGUCUACGAAGGCUGUAUCUGAGCCAAUGGACGAAGACGAGGGACCUGAAGGGUUCCGAAGCAUGAGGCCUUGGAUGUCUUCAGCGACAUGGGAGCAUGUUGUGGACAGAAUCGACACUGUGGAACGUACACCUGAUAACCGUCUCCUUGUUUAUUUCACACUGAAGAAUGACCGAGGCCGUGGCAGAGAAGAGUCCGCUAUCUGUAAGGACAAGAUGCCUAGAAAGAUGCUCGAUUUCUACGAACAGCAUCUGCGCUGGAGGACCACUGAUGAGGCGGAUGAAUGA